GAUUGGCAACGGUAGCAAUUCGGCAGCGGUAACGGCAACAGCAGCGAAAUGGCAAAGAAUCUGGAGAAUAGCCUCAUCGAAGCGUUCUCCAAGUACGUCAGCAUCGACGAACACCGGCCGGAGUAUACCGCCCACUACGAUGCCCUGCGAAAGGAGAUCUACAGCCAGUGGAGGGGGCACGAGACGGUGGGGAAACUAGUCAACGGAUACACACUGGGAGGAGGCUAUGGCGACAAGGUGAAGGUGGGGAUGCCGGAUGAGUUUGAUUUGGUGAUUCACCUGCAGUUUCCCGAAAAUGACAAGAUAAUUGUUACAGCGGAUCGCUCCAAGCCAGGCAAUGUGAUACUGGACAUGUCCAAGGUAAUGCAGAUCCUCGCCAAUCAGGAGCACAACAAGGCGGUUUUCCAGCUUUUGCAGAAAAUCGUCAACCACAAGCAGCAGCUGCUGGAAGAUAAACUGCAGAGCUUGCUCCAGGGUCUGAUGACACAGGCCCUCAUCAAGAUGGGCAACCAGAUCGAAGUAAACGGCGUGGUCUCGCUGCUCAAGUACAAGCGAUGCGGCCCCGCCCACACGAUCGAGGUAAAGGGACGCUACGUGUAUUCGGUGGACUUCGUGCCAGCUAUCAAGCUGGCGCCUGCCCAGAGUGUCCUAGCUCCGGAACAAAGGCAGCAUUUUGGUCAGACCCCUUCGUGGGAUGCCGUUCCCAAGCCCAUAAAGCCGCCACGGCCUGAUAACCCCUCCUUCAGGGCUUCCUACUACGAAGCCGAGAAGAAGCUCAUCUACGGCAAGAACAACCUGAAGAACGCCAUCCGAAUGCUAAAACAGCACCGCAACACCAAAAGUAACAUGAGCAAUCUGAAGAGCUAUUUCAUCAAGACGCUCUUCCUCUGGGAGGUGGUCCGGCAGGAUGCGAGCUACUGGAAUAGGUCGGUGAGCGAGCUACUAAUUGAGAUGCUGACCAAGCUGGCUGAUGUCCUUAGCCUGUCCUCGGCCAAGGGCAAGGGCAAGCUGCUCUUCUUCUGGGAUCCCAAGCUGGAUAUGAUCGCCGAUCUGGACACCAAUCAGCGGAAGGACUUGUUCAACUGCGUUAUUGGGGCCCAGUCAGACUUUCGUCGGGCCGACGGCAAUCUCACCGACGACAUCAAGAAUCGUGUGAAGAACUCUUUCAGCAACGGCGACAAGGAGAAGGAGAAGCUGGAGAACAAGCCUUCAAAUGGCCAGGUUAUCAACUCCGUCAAAGAGAAGUCUCCACCUGUGGUCAAACCCAAUCCAACACCCAAUGAACCUAAGAAGAAGGCAGCUGCCCAGACCGAAAAUAAACCCAAGGUGAAGGCAGAGCCUGUGCAAGUCAAACCAAAUCCAAAACCGAAUGUAGAAGUUCAGACAGGAGCCAAAACCAAGGUGAAGGCAGAGCCUAUCCAAGUCAAACCAAAUCCAAAACCGAAUGUAGAAGUUCAGACAGGAGCCAAAACCAAGGUGAAGGCAGAGCCUGUGCAAGUCAAACCAAAUCCAAAACCGAAUGAGCAGCAGAAGAGCGUCAAACCAAAUCCUAAUCAGAACCAGCCAAAGGCUGCCAAGGGUGAGACUCCUCCGCCAGUUCAACCCAAUCAACCAAAAAAGGCAGAGCCUGAAACUAAGACCAAUCCCAAUGGCAAUGCUACAAAGGCCAAGGCUAACAUUCCGAAUCCCCAGCCUCAGCCUCAGCCCCAGCCAAAGGCCAAGGCUAACACUCAGACGAAUUCACAGCCUCAGCCAAAGACCAAAGCCAACGUUCCACCAAAUUCCCAGCCCCAACCAAAGGCCAAUCCCAACCAAAAUAGUGCCACCAAGCCCCAAACCGAGGCAAGUCCCAAAAAAGAAGAGUCCAGCUGCAGAAUUAACUAACUAUGAGCC